CCAUCUACCACCUUCUCCUCCUUUCAUUAUAAUUAAACCCUUCUUUUCUUUUUCUCUCUCCUUCAUUUUCCUCUCAUUUCUCACCCAAACUAAGCGCCUCCACUCUCUAAAUUAAACCUCUUUACUUUCUCUCUCUAACAAAAACAAACACAAAAACACUCCCCUGUUUUUUCCCCCUGUUUUUCAAGCUGGCGAUCGUUAAUCAGGAAACUAUUAUUCGCGAAAUUAAACCCAAGAAUCGUAGAAUCAUGGGUGCUGGUGGUCCAGAUGAUGAAGACUUUAAUCGGUGGCCGCCAUGGUUGAAACCUUUACUUCGUGAAAAGUUCUUUGUUCAAUGUCAAUUUCAUGCUGAUUCUCAUAAGAGUGAAUGUAAUAUGUACUGUUUGGACUGUAUGAAUGGUGCUCUUUGUUCACUUUGUCUUGCUCAUCACAAAGAUCAUCGUGCCAUUCAGAUUCGUAGAUCAUCAUACCAUGAUGUGAUUAGGGUAUCAGAAAUUCAGAAGGUGCUUGAUAUAAGUGGAGUUCAGACGUACAUUAUUAACAGUGCUAGAGUUGUGUUCCUUAAUGAAAGGCCACAACCAAGGCCUGGUAAAGGUGUCACUAACACUUGUGAUGUUUGUGAGCGCAGCCUUCUUGAUUCCUUCCGUUUCUGUUCUCUUGGUUGUAAGAUUGUUGGGACUUCAAAGAAUUAUCAGAAAAAGAAGGAACUACGACGGUCGAUGGGAUCGGAUUCCGAGGACUCGUGUAGCACAAGCAGCACUACCACCACAAGCCGCGGCCAUGUUCGCCACCACCACCACCACCACCACCACCAUGGUAGAAAUGAGAUAAUGGAGAGCAACUACAACAACAACAACAAAGGGGUGCAAAGUUUUACUCCCUCAACACCACCCCCAACUGCUGCUAAUUUCAGGACAGCCAAGAGAAGAAAGGGGAUUCCACAUAGAGCCCCUUUUGGUGGACUGAUCAUAGAAUAUUAAUAGUAACACUUUAAGUCCUUAGUCUCUAAGAUAAUUGCUUUAUAGCCCCUCUUCUUCUUAUAGAAUUAGUUUUUGCCAUAGUGGUCACAUUCCAAACGCUUGUGCUUUUUGGCCCCCAACAUAAAAGCCAGCUUUAGGUGAUCUUAAAAGUCAGUCUCCAUAUGUGUAUAUAGCAAUGAUGCAAAUAUGCAAUAGAAAGUUGAAAGUAUAUGGGUAGUUAUGCAAAUAAGAAAAGAAAAAAAAAAACAGAAUGUCAAGAACUUGUGUGAAAGGAUAUAGCCUCAAUGGUAAUAAGGUUGGGAAGAAAAUGUAAACUAUAAUAAGUAUUGCAUAUAUUAUGUGCUUAUUUUUGGUUUUUUGCUUUUGGGCCUAUGUGGUGGUGAAGAAGAAAGAAAUGUACAUAUUUAUGUUGCUUUGUCUUGAAAAGGAUGCAUGGGAAAAUGUACUUCUUGCCUAUAUGAUGCUUGUAUAUAUUUGGGGUUAUGGAAAAUAUCAAAUUGCUUUUCUAUCUUUCAUGA